AUGCAAAUACCCAACAACCUGCAACAGGUGCAGCGGCACUUCUCGGAGCGAGCCGAAGUCAACCUCGUCAUUCAGGCCAAGAGCCAAGACCUGCGCUGGACCAGCCAGAAAUGGGGACUCUGGUCGCUGACCUACGAACAAGAGCUCACCACCCCUCUCCACAUAACAGCGAGCCGUGGCUACGUGGACUGCCUGCGCCACCUGCUGCUGCGGGGGGCAGAUGUGGACAUGGCCCCCGGGGGGCAGACGGCACUGCACGUGGCCUGCACGGCUGCCACACCGGACUGCGUCAGACUCCUCCUGUCCUUCGGCGCUGACCCCGAGGCGGUCUCUGAAGACGGGCGGAAGCCCCUGCACCUGUGCCAGAGCCCGGAAUCCCUCCAGUGCGCUCAGCUCCUGCUCGGCCACGGGGCUCGUGUGAACAGCGCCACGGAGGAGGAGGAGGACACCCCCCUGCACGUGGCUGCCCGGUGGGGCCUGGUGGAGCAUGUCCGCCUCUUCCUGAGCUACGGGGCCAGCCUGGAGGCCAGGAACACAGAGGGGCAGACGCCCCUGAACGCGGCCUGUGCCCAGCCUCACCCUUCCUCCGCCACGGAGGACUACUUCCAAGUCUGCCAGCAGCUGGUGGCCGUUGGCGCCCAGGUGAACACCGCGGACCUGGACCGCCAACGCCCGCUCCACCAGGCCUGCAAGAAUGCCAACUCCCGAGUGGUGGAGCUGCUCCUGUCCCACGGCGCCAACGUCAACAUCAUGAGCUACAGCGGCAACAUGGCCAUGCACAACAUCCUGCAGGUGGCGGCCUACAGGCUGGAUCACCAGCCGGAGAAGGCGGUGCGGGACCUGCUCAACCAUGGGGCCGUGCGGAUCUGGCCGGGAGCCCUUCUCAAGGUGCUUCGCCACUGCUGUGGCUCCCCCCGCACCAUCGAGGCCCUGGUCAACAGCUACGAGCACGUGCGUGUCACCGAGGAGUGGGCAGAGGCCGUCCCGGCUGAGCUGGUGCAGGAGCACCCUCACUUCUUCCAGUCGCUCUUCUCCCUGGGCCGGACUCCCCGCUCCCUGAAGCACCUGGCGCGCUGUGCCCUGCGCAGCUCCCUCGAUGGGCAUCUCCUCCAGGCCCUGCCCGCGCUGGGCCUGCCACCCCCCCUGCAAGAGUUCCUGCUGCUCCGCUUCGAGGACGUGCUCUACUAGGGGCGAGCCCCUGUCCCCGGAGGAUCGGGGCGAAGACACGAGACACCCCCUUGCCCCCACAUAUCCCCAUGGGGCCCGGUCGAGGGGCCUCUGCCACCGGCACUGUGAGCGGCGCCAGGCACACCUCCUCCUCCCCCCCCCCCAGUGAACUCUGCCUUCUGCUCCUGGGGUGGUGAGCAAGGAGGCCACCCCUGGCCCCAGCCCGGCAGCAGCAGUGUGGUUGUGCACCUCUUGGCCGCAGGCUCUGGCACUCCCUCUUCCCCACAUCAGUCACUGUCCCAUCGCAGCUUCCCGGGGUGGGGCUCUGGCGACUGGCUGCCACGGGGAGGCUCUGGCACGGCGGAACAUGCCAGAAAGACAUGGCGACCCAAGUGGGCCCUGAGCAAAGCCCAAGCGCCCCAAUGGAGGCCGGCCAUUGGCCCACGAAGCUGGUGGCGGAGGCGGCGGCGGCUUGGCAGAUCCUAUGCAGCUAUGGAUCCACAAGGGUUAA